AUGUCGUCGGGCAGUCUGAGUGCUCCCGUAUCGGAAGCGCAAUUUGAUGCCCACACCGCUGCCCGACGAAAGAUGUUCGCUAGGCUGCAUAACUAUCAAUCGUUGAAUGACGAUGACGAUACGGUCCACUUCCUGAGGUCUGUCUUCCGAUUCCUCCCCACCCAAGGCCAGGACCACUUGGCCACCGAUGUAGAUGACUGCGAUGACGACGACCAGCUGCGACAACUCGCGAAGCACCUGGACACAACUUUGCUAAAGCCGAUGUUGGCCACUGGUGGAACUACGCCCGCGAUCACACCCUCCCCUCUUCCUGGUGUGGAAGACUCUAUGAACCUGCUGUCUCUGGAAUUCGACUCGGCGACCCAGCGGCAGAGCGGGCUGCGGCGAAUUUGCCUGCAACGUGAUAACUACCAAUGCGUAGGAGUUUUCCCGGGGAUGAUCGACUGCGGGCAUGGACAAAUCUGGCACUGCCUAUACCGCUAUUUCCCAACCAUUCGUGACCUCUUUCACCGUAGCGAUGAAGACGUCAACCGCAUCGACAAUGUGAUGAUGAUGGUGUCACCCCUGCAUCGAGAGUUUGGUCACUUCUCAUUUGUCUUGGAGGAGACCAGUGUUUCUGGUCGCUACCGCGUGAAAAUGUUUCCCCGAUUUCAAAAUCUCUACCAAUCCCCCAUGCCCGACUUCACGACAGUAGCAAGUCACAACCCUCGGUACCCCGCCCCUAAUGAGUCUCUGCUUGCUGUGCAUGCAGCCGUCGGCAACAUCCUGCACGCGACUGGGCGCGGCGAACUGAUCACGAAGACCAUACAGCACCUCGGAGGCAAUAGCGGCCACGCUCUUGCGAAGGACGGGAGCACCAAUGUGGAAGAAUUGCUCUCUGUAACCGGUCUUCCAUUACUGGCAACUAGUCCUAGCCACCGUCCGCCGGCCCGCAAAGAAAAUUAUUCUCGUUAUGUUAGGUCCAGGCUCCCCAGAGCGGAAAAUCAACCGCCUAGCGUCACCGACGACUGA